CCCGGCUUAUCGUGUUGUUUAGUAUAAGCCGUUUCGCAACUCGUAUUAUACCUAUAUUUAGAGCCACGGACUAAGAUAAUAUACUUUAUGUGAACUAUAAAAAAAAAAAUAUUAUAGGUAGAUAAGGUGUGAAGAAUAUUAUGAUGUCAGGAAAUUUGAAUUAUAAGGCAUCCCUCCACUUAUCUUGAGCCAUUUCGACCACUGGAUACGCACGAUUUGUCUGAGGAGUUAUCAUUAUACAAAGUUUGAUAUCUAUAAAACACCUGUUAUCAGAUACUAUUGCAAAACACAGAUUCAAUUAUAAAAAUGGUGACACAAAUAAGGUAUCAUUCUGAUGAUUAUCAGUAUCUACAAAAAAGCAUUGUACCUACCAUGCAUUUUCAACGAUCUCUUCCCAGACUUCCAGUUCCAGAUUUAAAAUUAACUUGUCAACGUUAUCUUAAAGCACAACUACCUUUACUUUCAAAAAAUGAUUAUAUGAAAACAAAAAAAAAUGUGGAACAUUUUGAACAAAAUGAUGGAAUUGUGUUACAAGAGAUGUUAAAAAAAAAAGAUAGCUUGAACAAAAACACCAGUUACAUAACUGAAGAUUGGUUCAAUAUGUAUUUAUCUGAUAGAUCUCCUCUACCAAUUAACUACAAUCCAUUAUUAGUAUUCAAGCGAUCUGAUAACGAGUAUAAUCAUCAAUUGUUACGAUCUACUAAUUUAUUAAUAUCAUCAUUAAGAUUUUAUAAAUCAUUAAAAACAAACUUAUUAGAACCAGAAAUAUUUCAUAUAAAUCCAAAAAAAAGUGAUACAACUCAAUUUAGAAAGUUAAUGAAAUAUCUUCCAGAAUCAGUUAGUUGGUAUGGAGCUUAUAUGUACAAUGCAUACCCUUUAGACAUGUCUCAGUAUAGUUCUUUAUUUAACAAUACACGCAUUCCAAUGAUUAAUAAAGAUAUAUUACACAGUUGUAAAUCAGGAAAACAUAUUGUUGUUAUGAGACGAGGCCAUUUUUACAAAUUUGAUGUUCUGGAUCAUCAAGGCAAUAUACUGGAACCUAGCUUAUUACUAUCAAAAUUAAAAUAUAUUUUAAAAGAUGAUAUUGUCCCAUGUGAACAUCCCAUUGGUAUUUUAACAACGACUGAACGUAAUAAUUGGGCAAAUUUAAGAAAUAAUCUGAUCAAGUUAGGAAAUGAAGAAUCUUUGAGUUCAAUUGAUGAUAGUCUAAUGAUGAUUGCUCUUGAUGAUGAAAAACCUAAUGCUAAUCCAAUAUCUAUUAUUAAGCAAUAUUUACAUUCUGAUGGAACUAAUCGUUGGUUUGAUAAAUCGUUUACAUUAAUAGUUUGUGCUGAUGGCACAUCUGGACUAAAUUUUGAGCAUUCAUGGGGCGAUGGAGUUGCUGUGUUGAGAUAUUUCCAAGAUAUAUCAAAGGAUUCCACUGAGUUUCCAAGAUGUCAUCCAGAAAAUUUAAACCAAGACUUUAAUUCAGAUAUAUUAGAUGUGAAAAAAUUAGAAUUCAAUUUGGAUGAUCAAAUGAAAAGAGAUAUUAAGAAAUCAAUGAAUGAGUACAAACAUACCUAUGAGUCUUUAGACAUAAAUUACUUUGAGUUAUUUAACGUUGGUAGGAAAAUGUGUAAAAAAUAUGGGAUUAGUGCUGAUUCCUUGAUGCAGUUAUGUUUUCAGUUGGGAUAUUAUAAACUGCAUAAAAAACAUGUUGCUACUUAUGAAUCAUGCAGUACAGCUGCAUUUAAACAAGGACGAACAGAAACUAUAAGACCCUGUACCAAGGAGACUUCUGAUUUUUGCCAUGCUGCUUGUAGUUCAAAUAAGCCUUCUAACAGUGAUUUGGUGAACAUGAUAAAACAAUGUUCAAUUGAACACGGUAAACUUGUGAAAGAUGCUGCCAUGGGGCAAGGUUUUGAUCGUCAUUUAUUUGCUUUGUUGUUACUAGCUAAAAAAAAUGGCUUGAAAGUUCCAGAUUUAUUUACUGACCCUGCUUAUAGUCAACUAAACCAUAAUAUUUUAUCUACUUCUAGUUUAACUUCAGAUUAUGUAUAUUUGGGAGGAUUUGGACCGGUUAUGAAAAAUGGUUAUGGUAUUGGAUACACAAUUCUUGAAGAAUACUCUGGUGCUAUUAUAACAAACUACAAAGAACAUUCUGAUGGAUACGAAUUUAGAAAUUCACUAACUCAAGGCUUAAAUCAAAUUCUUGAUAUUUUAAAAACUUAAUUUGCUGAUGGAUUCAAAUGUUAUAAUUAAUAUCUUCUAUCGUUGAUUAUAAUAGCAAAUUCAUUAACUAUAGUUUAACGUUAUAAUUUUUCAAAUAACCUAUUACUACGUUUAUAUGAUAGCGUUUAAAACGGUUUGAAAUUAAACCGUUUUGAAAUUAAGACCCAUUAACGUCAUGUUAGCACUUAAAAACGGUUUAAAAAAUGCUCGCGCUAUGUAGUUUAAGAAUUUUAAAUCGUUUUAUAUGCUCAAACCCAUUUAUCAAAUGUACAUAUAAACGCAGAAUAUGUUUUGCAUUAAUACGUUUAUCACAAUUAUUGUGAUUCAUGUUAUCAGUUAUCACUUAUCAGAUUUUGCUUUUAUAUAUUUAUUAUUUAAAUAACUUAAUAAUAAUUUAAUAAGAACACAAUAAAUGUUAAAUUAUAAAUAUAUUAUGCAUCAAUUUAUCACUUAUCAGAUAUCCUCCUAGAACAAACGACCAAAGUCAUGAUAUAAAAAUA